AUGCUACGUCGAUCUCUUGCCGAAAUUCGAUUAUACAGUCAAAAGAUAGACCCAACACAAGCCUUUGAUUUCAUACCAGCAAAAAGUGCGGAUCUGCCUGAUAUCGUCGAUUUAUGUACAAAAAGUUUUAUGUACGAGGAGCCUCACUCAAAGGCACUGGGCGCUAAACCUGAAAUUAUGAAACCUCUUUUUGAGUACAUUGUAGCGAAAUCUCUGCAACAUCCUUAUUCCUACCGGAUACACGAGAAGAAAACAAGAAAUCUGAUUGGAUUUCGACUUCUCUCCAUUGGUCAUAGGGACCACAGUCUCGAGAUCGAACCGAUCACAUUUGUUGAGCCAAGUGAUCCAGCUCUAAAACGACUUUUUUUACGGCGUGAGAUUACCCACGUAGUGCCAAAACAUCAACGAAAAGGCAUUGCAAAUUAUCUCUUACAUCUUGGACUAGAUUUCGACGAGCUGAGGAAACAAGGCAUCCAAGGCAUAGUGUCUGAGGCAUCGUCACUGGCCAACCAGAGGUUGCUCGAUAAACAUGGCUAUAAGUGCCUAUACAAGCCGGAGUACAAUCUAAAAAUGCAUGAUGGCACUGAACGCAUAAUGGUGUUCUUCAAAGAUCUUCGAAAGUAAUGUAUUUAAAGUGGUUGCUGUGACAAUGGAUCUAU